AUGGCGCCUGAUCCGGAGGACAACAUGAAAGACCAGAAAAACCCUAGACCCCUCGACGAGGACGACAUCGCACUCCUCAAAACAUAUGGAACAGGACCCUAUUCAACUCCCAUCAAAAACGUGGAGAAGGAAAUCAAAGACAAGGCUAAAACCUUGAACAGUUUAUGUGGCAUUAAGGAAUCGGACACUGGCCUAGCUACUCCUACCCACUGGGAUCUUAUUUCGGAUGGAAAGAUGAUGGGGGAGAAACCUCUCAAGGUGGCAAGAUGCACCAAGAUAAUUAACCCUAAUUCCGAAGAUGCAAAAUACGUCAUCAACGUUGCGCAUAUUGCAAAGUUUGUGGUCGGCUUGGGCGAGAGGGUUUCCCCAACUGAUAUAGAAGAAGGCAUGCGUGUUGGGGUCGACCAACAGAAAUUUCAAAUUCAGAUUCCUCUGCCUCCCAGAAUUGAUCCAACUGUGACCAUGAUGACUGUGGAAGAGAAGCCAGAUGUAACAUACAACGACGUUGGUGGAUGUAAGGACCAGAUCGAAAAGAUGCGCGAGGUGGUUGAGCUACCAUUGCUUCACCCUGAGAAGUUUGUCAAGCUUGGGAUUGACCCUCCCAAGGGUGUUCUCUGCUAUGGUCCUCCAGGAACUGGCAAGACCCUUCUAGCUAGAGCCGUGGCCAAUCGAACAGAUGCUUGCUUCAUUCGUGUCAUUGGGAGUGAGCUUGUUCAGAAAUAUGUUGGAGAAGGAGCUAGGAUGGUUCGAGAGCUGUUCCAGAUGGCGCGGACCAAGAAGGCUUGCAUUGUGUUUUUCGAUGAGGUAGAUGCCAUAGGAGGUGCCAGGUUUGAUGAUGGUGCUGGCGGAGACGUUGAAGUUCAGCGUACAAUGCUUGAGAUUGUGAACCAGCUCGACGGGUUUGAUGCAAGGGGAAACAUUAAGGUGUUGAUGGCAACAAACAGGCCUGACACUCUAGAUCCGGCAUUGUUGCGCCCCGGAAGAUUGGAUCGGAAGGUCGAGUUCCGUCUGCCUGAUAUGGAGAGUAGAACUCAGAUUUUUAAGAUCCAUGCAAGGACCAUGAAUUGUGAAAGAGAUGUUAGGUUUGAGCUUCUGGCUCGGAUGUGCCCUAAUUCCACUGGAGCCGAUAUAAGAAGCGUGUGCACAGAAGCUGGAAUGUUUGCCAUUCGUGCACGGAGGAAGACGGUGACUGAAAAGGACUUCCUUGAUGCCGUGAACAAAGUUAUUAAGGGGUACCAGAAAUUUAGUGCGACGCCCAAGUAUAUGGUUUACAAUUGA